CGCUCAAUCUAAAGAUUUUGAAGAAAAUAUUAAAGCGCAAGAAAAGGAAGCUAAAGCCAAGCAAGAAACUAUUAAUAAACUAAAAGAAAUUAUUAAAGAACGAGAUGAAGACGUCAGAACCAAGCAAGAAAUAAUUAGUGGAAAAUUAUCUGGAAUUAUCAAAACAGUUAUCAGUUAA